AUGGAUGUUUCUGACCCAUACGGCACCGUGGCGGGCGCGCAACGGCCGGCGCCAUGGCACGCACCCCCCUGGUGCCCACAUAUGCCCGCCGCGUGCCGGCCGCCAAUUUCUACAACUCGGAUCGAUCGCCACCGAGGGCGUUCGCUCUCUCCCCUCGCAUCGCCGACUCGCCGUCCGCCCAUAGAUCGCGCCGCUCCCAUCUUUCUGCGGCCCGUCCCUUGCCAGCAGCUCCAUUCUCUCGCAUCCAUUCUCCGCCCUCUCCGCCUCCGCCAGCCACAGUUCCGCCCCCCACCCUCCUCCCCUUCCCCUGCUGAAUCGUCUCUCCACAAUGUCAUCCAGGUCGCCCGCGAUGUCGGCACCGCCACGCGACACAGUUCAGCCGGAGUGGAGGACCUGGCCAGUCGCCUGUCCGCCGCCGGCCACAGCGUCAUCAUCCGAAGAACGGGCGGAUGCCAAACACCGCCCCUCCCGGCCACCCAGGUCUUCGAGAACCUUCGCCACAGCCAUUUGAUCGUCACAGGCACCGCCGGCGACGCCGCCCUGAUUGUCGAGCCGGCCUUUCGGGAUCAAUUUGCAAUCGCCAAUCCCACUCGCGAGUACGAGAACAUGCUGAAUUUGGCACCGGAUUGCUUCGUGGGCGCGUCUGAGGACCUUCUGGGUGCUGUCGACUUGCUGUGCGCGGCCAUGCGUGUGGCCUUCCUCACAACCGGGCGGGCUGUGCCGCCGUGGAGGCGCAGGAAGAGCCUGGCGUCGAAGUGGGCCCCCAAGACAUAUCAGACAGAGGAGAUCAACUAUGUGUGGUCGGCAUCGGAAGGCCCACAAACUGAAGUUUCGCCAAAGCUGGAUCGCGUUAUGGGGGAUGGGAAGUUCGCUUUCCUCUCGUCCUCCAACGAAACUGCAAAGGAUUUCAGAGUCAAGGACGACAUGCCUCGCAUAAUUGUCGUGGGCCCCAAAUGA